GACAAACUUUCAGGCAGCGCCCACUCUCGGGCUCGGGCAAUUGCAGGGUCCCUCCGAGAGCGAGCGUCUCCAGAGAACGCGGCGGGCGCAUGGCUGUGCCCGGAGCCUGAAGACCCCCCGGAGCCGCCCGCCCCGCACUGGGCCCGCCCCUCCGGGAUUGGUGCCCUGCUAGUGGCCAUUGCCUGUGACGUCACCGGACGCGCCCGCUUCUGGCUGGAGUGCGCACCAAGCGGCAGUGGGUUCGCCGCUGCUGUAGUUCCCCGGCUGGCUGCGGUCACUGGUGCCAGUGCUCAGGCGCCUGCUGCCCUUGACCUCCCGCCCCGCGAGCCCUAACUCAGCUCAGGAGGACCGGCUGCCGCCGCCGCCGCCGCCAGCAGAGCCAAGCACAGUGGGAACUUUCAGAAAGCACUGGUUGAAGGAACCCUGGAAUCCCUGGGACUUACUGCAUAGCAUGUAGUAGUUGCUCCUCUAGAAAAGUUUCACCUUAUGAAGUAUAGCAGGCUCUGAUGCUGGUGUCUGGUAGAAGGUUACUCACAGCUCUGCUGCAGGCUCAGAAGUGGCCCUUUCAACCCUCCAGAGACAUGAGACUAGUGCAGUUCCAGGCACCCCACCUGGUGGGGCCUCACUUGGGCCUGGAGACAGGGAAUGGUGGAGGGGUUAUCAACCUCAAUGCCUUUGACCCCACACUCCCGAAGACGAUGACACAGUUCCUAGAGCAGGGAGAGGCCACCCUCUCAGUGGCAAGAAGAGCCUUGGCUGCCCAGUUGCCAGUCCUACCAUGGUUGGAGGUAACCUUCCUGGCUCCAGUCACACGGCCAGAUAAGGUGGUGUGUGUGCGCAUGAAUUAUGUGGACCACUGCAAAGAACAGAACGUGCCCGUGCCCAAGGAGCCCAUCAUCUUCAGCAAGUUUGCCAGCUCCAUCGUGGGGCCCUAUGAUGAGGUGGUCCUCCCACCACAGAGCCAGGAGGUAGACUGGGAAGUGGAGCUGGCCGUGGUCAUUGGAAAGAAAGGCAAGCACAUCAAGGCCACAGAUGCCAUGGCCCACGUGGCCGGCUUCACUGUGGCUCAUGACGUGAGUGCUCGUGACUGGCUAAUGAGACGCAAUGGGAAACAAUGGCUGCUGGGAAAAACCUUCGACACCUUCUGCCCUCUGGGCCCUGCCUUGGUGACCAAGGACAGUGUAGCAGAUCCACACAACUUAAAGAUCUGCUGCCGAGUGAACGGGGAAGUGGUCCAGAGCAGCAACACCAACCAGAUGGUAUUCAAGACAGAGGACCUGAUAGCCUGGGUCUCCCAGUUUGUCACCUUUUACCCAGGGGAUGUCAUCCUGACUGGGACUCCCCCAGGUGUCGGUGUAUUCAGGAAACCUCCUGUCUUUCUCAAGAAGGGGGAUGAAGUCCAGUGUGAGAUUGAAGAACUAGGUGUCAUCAUCAACAAGGUGGUGUGAUGGCUCCGGCACAGGCCCUGCACAUAGGACGGGGGCAUCUGCUCCCACUCAGCCUAGCCCAGGGAAAGGCCCAGUGACAGGUGUGGGCAGGUGCCAGCCCUGCAAGCCGCCUCUUCUCGGUAGAAGGGAGAAGGAUGGAGCUCUCUUCAAUAAAUUCGUCGGGUCAAAGCAGCA